AAAAGGCCCUUCGCUGAGUGCUCAAGCAAAUAACGGCCACGCUUGUCAUGCAUAUACAAUAUUGUGCUCUGUGCCACCUCGAUUGAACAUCUGUCACUUUAUCACAGACCCUUCCUGCCCUUUCUGACUUCAUUCAACCGUCAAUUUUACUAAACACCACAGUAUCCGGAGUCUUUCAUAUACGAGUACUCCUCCGCCAGAUUGGUCUCAGCGACCUGUCGUUGGAAUCCCUCAUAUCUCUGCUACCAGGGUCUUCCCUUCAUUUUGGCCCAAUAUGGUCUGUGAAAAUGGGGCUACGGCAACAACGACGUCAACGUUUUCGCCAUCAUCUAAAACAUUGGCCGACUCUUCAUCUUCAUCUUCACCCUCUUCCACUCCUGGAACACUGCAGACCCCUAAGAAUGCUUCGAAACCCAUUAAACUGAGAGCCGCCUGCAACCAAUGCUUCUCGGCCAAGGUACGGUGUGAUGGCAACAAGGAAAGCUGUCGCCGAUGCUCUGAGAAGAGAUUGCCCUGCAUCUAUAGCGAGUCUCGAGUGGGGAAAGUGGUAGGAAAGCGAAGAAAGAGACCGCUUCCCGACCAGACUGCCAACGUCAAUUCUCAACCGUGGAUCGUCAACGGUACUGCUUGUUCUGUGCAAUCCAUUCCCUCGCCUGCCGCCAGCCACGAAUCCGACGAAUCCAACAAGAGACCUUGUUCGGUUCCCAACUGGACGUCGUUCGCUGCCGCAGGUGACCAGGGUUUCAUGACGUUUGAUGAGACGACCGAAACGUUGAAUGCAAUCGAAAUGGCCAACAAUCGAAGUUUCUCAAUGACGAGCGAGGUCAGCUUCUUCACCAACAACGGCCUACCGACCCCUGCACUCAGCCCUCCACAAUUCACCCGUUGCCUUUCACCCGCCCAGCUAGACACUCGACCUACCUCGAAACAAGGAUCGAGAUCAACGGCUCCGAUCGACCCGCGCAGACUUUAUCCGCCGGCAAACACCACCACACCAUUCUUCGCCAGACACGUCGAGCAUCCUCCAUUGACUCCUGAAGACGAAGAGACCGUGUGCAUCAAACUGUUGGCUCACCUAAAAAAGCAUUCCUCGGACGAGUCCCAGCCUCGGGAGACCCAGCUUCGACUGCUGAAGAAAUGUAACGCCGCCGUGCGAAGGAUCCUGCACAGCAAAACCAUCCGAUCCUCUUAUACGUGUCACCUACUCCUCUCCAACAUUCUGAGCCACCUGGUCCGUCUCUGCGAACGCCUGUGCUUGGACAUGGACAUGAACAGCUCAGAGGACGCCGCACGGAGCUUGGAGUCGCAAUUCCUCCAAGACCAAGUCCAUUAUGAAGCAGUGCCGGGAUAUUUCGAGAACGUGGCGGUGCACCUUCCGCAACAACCGUUGCAGGCGUCGGAGCAAGAAACGAUGAUGGCCUUGAACAGGGAGGUCAUGUCGUUCGCAUCUACAGUGGCUGAUAUGCUGAAGAGGAAGCCUCUCGGUGGGUUCCAGACCCUCGGCAGGCAUGAAAGUUUCCAUGCCGAACUAGAGCAGAGAUUGAUCAAGGCAUCGGCUCUGCUGCAAUCAUGAUGGAUGUGUACUAGUUAAUGCUUGAUUUUGGAUUUUGGAUUUUGGAUUUCGGAUUUCGGAUUUUGGAUUUUGGAUAUUCCCAGAAAGCAUGGUGUUAGCGUGUGCGGUGCUUCAACCCCAGCAGGGCGAUAUGAUUAGGCACAUGUGCCGUGUACCACAGUAGACAAGGUGUGGACAAGGAGCA